GAAAGGCGGGUUGGCUGGAGGCGGAGGAAAGGCAGCUGCGAAGCCGCCUUGGUCUCCGGCGCCGCGCAAAGCCGUCGCGGAUCCGGGUGCGGACGCUGCGAGCAAGCCGAAGCCGCCACGCUUGGAGCGGCUGGGUGGGUUCUCCGGGGCCGGAGCCCGCCGCUCUCGGAAAGACACCCGGCGCGGCGAUCUCGCCGCCUGCUUGCUUACAGACAGGCACCCAAAUUUCAGUUGAAGACAGUAUCCAGGGAGCCCAUCUCUUUCUCUGGGAGAUGCACACUGGCUGUUGCUAAGGUUGCUUCCACGGUAACAUGUGCAUCCUGUUUACACCUUCAUCGGAAGAAGUUGGGCUUGGCUAGGCUCACCAGCUUUACCUGGGGAACUGCAAAAGGAAGCGCUGGUAUCCCCACCCCCUUGCCAGCCCUUCCCUCUAACCCAGGAUCCUCCGUUUCCCCCAGAGGCAUUGCUUCUGGUGCCAUACAGGCCACAGAACUGGGCUGCUUUCUGCGUGGAGCUCAGAGGUUUACAUUACCUGCUCUGUUUCCGUUGAGGAAAGAAACACAGAAGUGAAAAAGUUGCAGACAACAUUUCUUGUGCUGCUCUCUGCUUGAACCAACUCUGCUUUUGUCAAGAUGACGAACAACUCUGCCGAUCACCACCCUGGGAACUCUGUGGUUGAGGGCAACCAUGAGGGGGACUUUGGUUGCUCUGUUAUGGAUCUGCGGAACCUCAUGGAACUUCGCAGUGGAGAGGCUGUGAACCGGAUAAACGACACCUAUGGGGGUGUACAUAAUAUUUGCAAGAGAUUGAAGACCUCACCAGUGGAAGGCCUCUCUGGGAACCCCGCGGAUCUGGAAAAAAGAAGGCAAGCAUUUGGCCAGAACUUCAUCCCACCCAAAAAGGCCAAAACUUUCCUGCAGUUAGUCUGGGAAGCACUUCAGGAUGUCACGUUAAUCAUCUUGGAAAUUGCAGCCAUAAUCUCCCUGGGCUUGUCUUUCUAUCACCCUCCUGGUGGCGAUAAUGAAAUGUGUGGGCAAGCAGCAGCUGGUGCAGAGGAUGAAGGUGAGGCUCAAGCUGGAUGGAUUGAAGGGGCAGCCAUCCUCUUCUCGGUCUUUAUUGUGGUGCUGGUCACGGCCUUCAAUGACUGGAGCAAAGAGAAGCAGUUCCGGGGCCUCCAGAGUCGGAUUGAACAGGAACAGAAGUUCACGGUCAUCCGGAAGGGGCAGGUUAUCCAAAUCCCCGUGGCUGAGAUUGUGGUGGGGGAUAUUGCUCAGAUCAAGUAUGGUGAUUUGUUGCCAGCAGACGGGAUCCUGAUCCAAGGCAAUGAUCUGAAAAUUGAUGAGAGCUCUCUGACUGGGGAGUCAGACCAAGUGAAGAAAUCUCUGGAUAAAGACCCCAUGCUGCUUUCUGGGACUCAUGUGAUGGAGGGCUCUGGUCGAAUGAUGGUCUCGGCUGUGGGUAUCAACUCACAAACUGGAAUCAUUUUUACUCUACUGGGUGCUGGAGAAGGGGAAGAGGAGAAGAAGGUCAAGAAAGGUAAAAAACCCGGAGCCCCCGAAAAUCGCAACAAAGCAAAAACUCAAGAUGGUGUGGCCCUGGAGAUCCAGCCACUGAAAAGCCAAGAAGGGGUGGAAAAUGAGGAGAAGGAGGAGAAGAAGAAGGUGAAGGUCCCAAAGAAGGAGAAGUCCGUGUUGCAGGGGAAACUCACCCGUUUGGCAGUUCAGAUUGGAAAAGCAGGUCUGAUUAUGUCAGCCAUCACAGUCAUUAUCCUGGUGCUGUAUUUUGUGAUUGACACCUUCGGGAUUCAAGGAAGGCAAUGGCUGGCUGACUGCACUCCCAUCUACAUCCAGUAUUUCGUCAAGUUCUUCAUCAUUGGUGUCACGGUGCUUGUGGUAGCUGUGCCUGAAGGCUUGCCUCUGGCUGUAACCAUCUCUUUGGCCUACUCUGUGAAGAAAAUGAUGAAAGAUAACAAUCUGGUUAGGCACUUGGAUGCUUGCGAGACAAUGGGCAACGCCACUGCUAUCUGCUCAGACAAGACAGGUACUCUCACCAUGAACCGUAUGACUGUGGUCCAAGCUUAUGUGGGGGACACCCACUACAGACAGAUCCCUGACCCAGAAGCCAUCCUGCCCAAGGCUCUGGACCUCAUCAUCAACGGCGUUGCAAUAAAUUCUGCUUACACCUCUAAAAUCUUGCCACCAGAGAAAGAAGGGGGCCUCCCACGUCAAGUUGGAAAUAAGACGGAAUGUGCGCUUCUGGGCUUUGUGCUGGACCUGAAGCAGGAUUAUCAAGCCGUCCGCAAUGAGGUGCCAGAGGAAAAACUCUACAAGGUGUACACCUUCAACUCGGUCCGCAAAUCCAUGAGCACGGUGCUGAAGAACCCAGAUGGGAGCUUCCGCAUGUACAGCAAAGGAGCCUCUGAGAUCCUCCUGCGCAAAUGCACAAAGAUCUUGGACAAGAAUGGGGAAUCCAGAAUAUUUAAGGUGAAGGACCGGGAUGAGAUGGUGAAGAAAGUGAUUGAGCCAAUGGCUUGUCAGGGGCUGCGUACCAUUUGCCUGGCCUAUCGGGAUUUCCCUGCUGGAGUUGAGCCUGACUGGGAUACGGAAAAUGAGAUCCUGUCUGACCUUACCUGCAUCACUGUGGUUGGCAUUGAGGACCCUGUUCGGCCGGAGGUGCCUGAUGCAAUCCUGAAGUGCCAGCGCGCUGGUAUUACUGUCCGGAUGGUUACAGGUGACAACAUCAACACAGCCCGUGCCAUUGCAACCAAGUGUGGCAUCUUGCUACCUGGGGAGGACUUCCUGUGCUUGGAAGGGAAGGAAUUCAACCGGCUGAUCCGCAACGAGAAAGGAGAGGUGGAACAAGAGCAACUGGAUAAGAUUUGGCCCAAGCUACGGGUCCUGGCACGAUCUUCACCCACAGAUAAACACACGCUUGUGAAAGGAAUUAUUGACAGUACCGUUGGAGAACGGAGGCAGGUGGUGGCUGUGACUGGGGAUGGCACCAAUGACGGCCCAGCCUUGAAGAAAGCAGACGUGGGAUUUGCUAUGGGCAUUGCUGGCACAGAUGUGGCUAAAGAGGCCUCGGAUAUCAUCCUGACAGAUGACAACUUUACAAGCAUAGUCAAGGCGGUGAUGUGGGGCCGCAACGUGUAUGACAGCAUCUCCAAAUUUCUGCAGUUCCAACUUACGGUCAACGUGGUGGCUGUGAUUGUGGCUUUCACGGGCGCUUGUAUCACGCAGGACUCUCCACUGAAGGCCGUCCAGAUGUUGUGGGUCAACUUGAUCAUGGAUACCUUUGCUUCGUUAGCCCUUGCCACAGAACCCCCAACCGAAUCCUUGCUCUUGCGCAAGCCAUAUGGCCGCAACAAGCCACUCAUUUCCCGCACCAUGAUGAAGAACAUCCUGGGGCAUGCUGUGUACCAGCUCACCAUUAUUUUCACACUGCUCUUUGCUGGUGAGAAAUUUUUUGAUAUUGACAGUGGCCGGAACGUCCCCCUCCACUCCCCACCCACUGAACACUACACCAUCGUCUUCAACACUUUUGUCAUGAUGCAACUUUUCAAUGAGAUCAAUGCUCGCAAGAUCCACGGUGAGCGGAAUGUCUUUGAGGCCAUUUUCCGGAACCCCAUCUUCUGCGCAGUGGUGCUAGGAACCUUUAUUGCCCAGAUCAUCAUUGUAGAAUUUGGUGGGAAGCCCUUCAGCUGUUCUGGACUCACCUUGAGCCAAUGGUUCUGGUGUGUUUUCAUUGGUGUUGGAGAGCUGCUUUGGGGACAGUUGAUCAGCAGCAUUCCAACCAAUCAGCUGAAGUUCCUGAAGGAGGCAGGCCAUGGCAUUAACAAGGAGGAUAUGAAUGAUGAGGAGUUCACUGAGGGUCUAGAUGAAAUCGACCAUGCUGAAAUGGAGCUGCGGCGAGGACAGAUUCUCUGGUUCCGGGGUCUCAACAGAAUACAGACUCAGAUCAAAGUGGUGAAUGCGUUCCGUAGCUCCUUGUAUGAAGGCCUCGAGAAACCCGAAUCCAGAAGCUCCAUUCAUAACUUCAUGACUCACCCAGAGUUCAUCCUGGAGGAAGACGAGCCUCGGACCCCAUUCCUUGAUGGCACUGACGAAGACCCAGAAGCUGAAGAACUCAAAAAGCAAAAUGAGGAGAGCCCAGGCGAGUCCUCACCCCUCAACAAAAAUAACAAUGCAGUGGACAGCGAUACAGCUGAGGACACCAUUCCGGAGCCAGAAAGCCCUUUACACAGCUUGGAAACAUCAGUUUGACCUCUGAACUUUGAUCCUCCUCUUUCUCCCCACCCUCCGCCCCCUCCAUGCAACUUAGGCACCAACAUCUGACCAUACACUGCAGCCACUUCCUGUUAAGUGCUAAUACAUAUAUGCCUAUUUCCUCCCUCUCUCCCUCCUCCACCCCCAUUUAGGAUUAUUUAGCCGCAGGAACCACAGUACCACAUGGCUAGAGAUUUGCUUCCCAACCAUUGUUUUCUCAACCAUUAUUUGAGAGAGUUUCUCAGGAGAGAAACUGCCAGCUUUGAUACGUCUUGUUCCUUCAAGUUGGGUUCCGUGUGUCUGUAACAGUCACUUUCCCUUGUUGAAGUUGCAUGCAUGAAGAAACAAGGUUCAGAUUCUCUUAAAGCAGCUGUGUGUACAACAUCAGAUGGUGCAGUUGUGGGGAUAGCUCUAUUUUAUGUGCAGAAUCUGAAUCUUAGAUGCCUCCCUGUGCCCUUGGGGAGAAGGGAUGGGCGCUAAGAGGAUGCCAUUAUUAGAGGGGGAUCUGAAUCAGGUAUUGGACAUGAAAGUGAACCCAGUCUUCCAUUGGGGGGGGAGGGGAGAGGGAAUGGUACCUGAUUUUUACCAUUUUUCUGUUUGUGUAUUCUCUCUCUCUCUGUUUCCAUGGUGGUAUCAAUCACCAGAGAUAAGAGUGACUUUUAAAGUCUUAAAAAUGUCUUCUAAACAAUGUGGCUUGAAGAAGGCAAAGCAACAAGGAGUUAUGAGAGCACCGUUUUCUCUGAGAGAAUGAAACAUGGCCUCUGGGGGAAAUGAGUUGUAUAUGAAUUAAGAGCAGAUCACAUAGGCACUCUGUGUUAGCUGAGGUGAUUUCUGUUCAAUUUGACUUUAGGGUUUUACUAUUUUGACUCUCAGAUUAAUGAAGUCAUUGGCCCUAUAAGGUCAACAUCCCAAUUCCACGCCUGAUAAUAAUAAAUGAUCCCAAAUAAUGUUGCAUAAGUCCAGGCCAUGGUCGCUGUAUACUUUCAGAAGGCUUAUUAUGGGAAGAGGGGUAGCUCCUCAGACAGUGCAAAAUGUAAAGAAGUUGGGCCGGGCCAGAUCUAGUAAUGAGCUAUUACUACAGCUUCUCUUGCAUUUUGUGUGUUGAAGAGUUAACAGUGUAACAGGAAUGCAAAGGCCUUUGUGAAACUGCAAAUGACUUGGUGCUAUGGAGUUGGGCCUAGUUACAUCACAAAGCACCUUCCUCAGUUAUAAUUUGAAUGAGGCAUAGCAAUACGGCUUUCUCCACAUUUCUUAUUAGGAGUGCCUUCCCUUUUCAUUUCACUGAAACUGGCCUGCAUCUUUUCCCCAAAAUUGAUGUUGCGUCUUAAGCUGCCUAAAAACAAUAUAUUUUUUAAAAAAAUGCUGGAGAAGGUAAAUCAGCUCUUGCAUUGAACGAGGGUGGCGUCAUCCUCAUCUUAGCACACAUCUCCUAGUAUUAAGAUGCUGGUCGGGCGACAGCCUUGCAGUGCGUAGCUAUAUGGGGAACUUGCUGAAACUCUUCAGAGCAUAUCUCAGUGAGGGCCAGUUUGUACGAGAGAGAGAGAAUGUAAAGCAUGGGCAUCCACAGUUUUAAAAACCGAGGGCAAAUCUUGGUGUGAUGGGUCACCACAGAAUGCUUAACCUGGGAAGUGCUGCCUGGAAGCAAAGAGAGAGCCUAGUUGCUUGUAGCUGUAUCUCCUUUCUGGCCAUCAUCCCGACGUUCAAAAGUGUACAGCUUUCCUUUGGAAGAACGCACAGCAGAAACUCCUGUGCCUUGUCUAAGCACUGCCCAAAGCACCGCCUGCCAUGUGGGGAGACGGUACUUUGCCAAGAGAUAAGUGUUCCUUAAAGAAACAAGCAAAAUGAAACUUAAUUGAGUGUUUUGGUUUCAUUUUUAAACUCAAAACCCCUUCGCCUUGCGAGUUGAUUCCUGAAUUCCAUUGCAAGUUUGAGGUAGACCUGUGAAAACCCCUUCUCAGUAGGUCUUCUGUUCCAAUGCUGGUGUAAAGAGGACUUCAGUGCUAGGCGCAAGGAGCUGCUAAUAUCUCGGGGGGUGGGGGUGGGGAGAAAUAACCACCAGUGACCAUCUUAAUUGCAAAUAAGGCACCAUUCCAUCCCCACAACCCUUGUUUUCCUUCCAGAUAAAUUCACUUCCAUUCAUCCAAACAUCGGGAGGAAUUUAAAGAGGGAAACUGCCAUCUCUUGCUGCGUGACCUAUCAAACAAGACUAAGAAAAACUUUUGUUUAGUUACGUUCUAAAGAUUACAUUGCUUCAAAGGUCAUUUUUCUAUUUUAAAAACUUGCAAAAAAAGAAGAAGUGGUGUUAUGCGCUUGCAUAAAUAUUUGUGGGAGGGGAUACUGAUAAUUUUUUUGCUGUUGUUUCUUUGAUAUUUUUCCUUACCUCAAACAUGUUUUGGAAGAAGAAAACGUGGCCCUCACAAAGUCACUCCCAGAGAUCUGUAAUUGACCGGUGUGGUGAGGGGGUCUGGCCUACAUUUUAGUCCACUGUUUUUCUUUUUGUGUGUCUAGCUUCCUCGGGAGGGAGGGUGCAGGUGGGGAAAUAAUUAUAUAAAUAUUAUGCAAAAAAUAUAUAGUUUUCUUUAGAUCAGAAACAGAUAUUUUUAAGUCAGCCAUAUGUAUUUUGUUUAAAGGAAACAGAACUGCUGAGUUAUGUCACUGCAGUGGAAUGUAGUCACAUGGCUGGCGGUUGGAAUUUAGUGAUGGGCCAGACUCCAGUCGGCUUCCUUUUCUCUGAACAGCCAUCUUUGUACUUAAAAAAAAGAAAUCAGUUGUGUUAUACAGAAAUGUUUUUUAUAUAAAUUAUGUUGAUAUGGCUGGUUGCUUAAAGUAUAAGUGUUUAUUGUGCAUAACAUUCUUAAUGUAAAAUAGGUUGGGUUUUAGUUUUUUUCUUUCCUAUUUUAGUUUCAUUGAUAUAACUGGCAGCAGUUGGCUGGCUUAAGUUAUUCAGGAACUAUUAAAAAAACCAACACAUGUGGCCGAGAAAGAGUGCUGAAGAUAUGAGGCACGAGCCCCAAUCCACAGUCAUGUAGGAAUACACACACACACACACAUAUACCCCAAAAUGAAUGGCCAGCAUUUUGGGUUUCCACGGCAUGGAUCACCUGUUUUGGGGAUGGAGGGGCAAGGGAGACCUCAGUUAAGUCACCACUACCACCACCUCCCCAAACAGGUGAACAGCACUGCCAAAGGUUGACUGCACCAGCCACGUCUUAGCGGAAAGAUAAGUAAAACCAGUUCAACAAAGAUCAGCACCUGGUGCAGGGCUGCUGUUGUUUUAAGUCCACAAGGCAUCCUUUUAUGUGCAUUUAGAUAGCAUCCAUGUAAGGCAAUCCACGCACCGAAGCCUAGUUCUGUGUAUGAUCUGCCUUUCGGGGAUGGGGAUAGAUUGCAAUUUCUCUGAAACAUACCAUGAAGGGCGGGAAGAUAUUUGCUGCCAAUCGAGUGAUCCUUGGGGGGUGGGGAUAAUUCAAGGUUGUGCCAUGCCAGACAGGAAAUGAGGUAAUAUCCUGUGAUGUGUGUUACUUUGCCUUGGAAUGCUGUGUUGUUGUUGUUUUAUAAGAGAGAAAAAAGAAACCCUGGACAUAAUUUUGCAUCCAGUUCUUAAUCGUAGGAAUUUAUUCUCUUUUUGUUAAAUAAAUUGGCAGAUUGGUACCAAAGACAUUACAUCACUUCCUGUGUGCAAUGAAGACUAUCCAUUUUUAGGAGUUAGAAUUAUGUAAUUGGUUAUUUUUAUUGAGUCGCACAGGGAUCUGACUUAAUUUUUUUCAAAAGUUUUGUGCAAUAAGUUUUAAGAUAAUAUUAUUUUAAAACACAAAAAGACAACUACAGAAGGAAAACAAAUCUAAUUGUAAUUUUAGCCAUGGGCAGUCAUGAGCAGACAUCAGUCUUGCUUAAGGGCAAAUUUUGAAUCACUACUAGAAUUCUCUGCCUGUGUUUUCACUUGCCUCUUCUCUUCGAAAUCAACUCAAGGCUCUAUCGUGAUGGAGCUGAAGUCCACUGAAGACUCCUAAUGCCUUUAAUUUUAAAUGGCCCACAUCCCAAGAUCCCCUUCAUCCACCCAGACGAUCUGUGUCCACUUUACAGCAUCUCCCCCUCUCCAUCCCGGUCUACUCUUCCUUUUGGCUGCAAGCCUUUUGGGUGCAAGCCUUUUGGGUGCAAGCCUUUUGGGUGCAAGCCUGAUCGCAGCCACAGUUUUAAAGAGGAGCAGGGAGGUCUUGGAAGCCUAAUGCCAACCAUCAUCUUCUCUUCACACCUGCUCGAGAGGUCACCGGUCAAGGUUAACUCUGGACAAGGGCUCUUCUUCCUCAGCAGAGCACCUUGAUGAGAGAAGGACAAGCUGCCUGCACCACUGAGGAGAGAAUAUGGCUAUGACGAGAACUCUCUCUCUUUGUCUUGUCCACUCUGCCUUUAGAACACCUUCAAUCGUAUAUUGGAAGCAGUGUAGCUUCCAUGUCGGUCCUUCUCACACUCUCUGCGGUCAUGGUAAUAACCCUACUAACCAAAAGGGGCAAAAUCUGCUAAUUCAUGUGCCCUGUGAUGAACCCAUGGCUAAGACUACUUGUUUGUUUUUUUCUGCCCAUGAAUAAAUAUAUAUACAGUAUUGGAAUAGAUAUUUGUGUAUAUAUUUAUUUGAAUGAAAAGGCUUUUCUAAAGAAGCAUGCAGAUUAGAAUUUACGUUUUUUCCCCUUUUUUCCAGUAACUAGUAUAAUAAGCACUGGUAUUUUUGUAUAAAAAAAGAAAAAAAGACAAAACAAAAGACUGAAUAUUAUGUGGUAUGCAUGACAUAAACAAAUGGUGGUUUCAAAGCAAUAUGUACCCUGAUGUGUUUGCCAUAUUCUAGAGUCCAGCUUAAAGUGCACCUGAUCUGUAAUUGCAUUUUGAUAUUAUUUAAUCUCUAUGUACAAUGUUUUGCAUGUAUUUAUAUGGUUCGUGGGAAGAAUUUUUUGUUUAGUUUGGGGGGAGGGGUAAGGAGGGAGGGAUUGGAAUGAUUGACAAUGAGCUUCUUCCAGAACAUUUGAAACUCCAAGCAGAGGUAAUGCUGAUUGGAACCACGAUGGGGAAAUCAAGCCAAUUUUUUUUUUUUUAAGGUGCAACAGGCGGGGAAAGGGAUAAAAGUUUUGAACUAAUAAAGCAUUUUUUGCUGUUGAGCAAAAACAGUGCGUGAGUGCGUUGAGAGAAUAAACUGUGCCCACUUGUAACCGUGAUGUCUUCAAUAUAUGUCCCACCAGUUUUUGAAGUCACUGAUCAUCUACUGAAGCUGAGAUGAAGGAGAACCUGAAGGAAUGCAAAAGUUUGGCUUGGAACAAAAUUGUAGUGUGAAAACAGUUUUUUAAAAAUAUAUAUAACUAAAAUUGAUGUGACGUUUUCAAUAUCGUGUGCACAGCUGCACAAAACCUCUGCCACUUCUGUCACCUCUCUGCAAGGUCCAGAAAGAGCCAUCAAAUACUAGCCAAUGCAGCAUGCCAGCACAGAGAGAAAUCCAAAUAGUAAUUUGUUUCAACAGGCGAAAGGCAGCAUGCAGUGCUUUGCAAAUGGUGGAUUUUUAAUCACAAGCCCACAAAGGUGGAGAAGCAACAUGGAUAAUAAAUGUUCUUAACACAAGGCAGCAACUUCCUCCAGUUACAGCAGUUAAGAUCUGUAAACAAAUAAUAAAUCAAUGUUAUUUCUAGCAUUUCUGAUCCUUUCUAAGAAAGUACCACAGGAGCAAAAAUACAAUGCUCGAUUUCAGUAGGUUUGUUGAGUGUAAGAUGAAAAGAUCUGUUCAUAUAUUACACUUGUGAUUUGAGCGCUUUGAAAGCAUGUUCUUGAAUCAGGCAUUGAAUGAGCUAGAUACAUGCACUUAUCACACCCUAUGUUUCAUCAUAAAAAAACCGGCAAAAUCUGAUCAUUCUCCUUGAGCCACAAUACAUUUUCAUGAUGCACAUAUGGUGAAAUAAAUGUAUGUCCUUCAACUUCCAUGGGGUACCUGCUAAAAGUGGGGGGGGGGGGUCUAAAACAAUCUGCACCAUUCAGCAAAAUGAGAUGCAAAAUGUCUUCAGUCUAUGCAGGGUAUUGUGCUCCACCACAUUUCUUUAAUAGGAAGAAUAAAAAAUCUCUAUUACAGCAAACGUUUGCAACUUUAACAUCUUGCUUUUCUUCCCUCCUCUCUAUUCUAUACAUGACAGCUGAGUAGUAACUCCCAUUCUGCCAUUAAAUUUAUUGGGACUUGCUUCCAGCUAAGUGAUUAUGGGAUUGCAGCUGUACUCCCCUUCAGUGUAAGCAGGGUUACUUCAUAGUGCAGUGCAAUGGUUCAACAAUGCAGCUAAUCCUUAUAGGAUAGUAGCAAAAGAAGCCCCCACAUUUCCAAACCUAACUAGUGAGACAGGAUAUAAAUGUUUUAAGAAUCCAGUCUGUACCCUGCUCAUGCGGGAAGAGGGUUAAGCAGGAGUGAAUUCUGCAUCUAGGAGAAUUGUGCACCGAAAGGGCAAGAUUCAGUGGAUCAGGCAAGCUAGAAAACUUGUCCGUUUCACUUAAUUUGUACUUUAUGAUCAAACAUUUUUCAUCCCCAAAAAUAUUGUUGGAAGCAAAUCCCCCAGCUUAUUCCAAAACACAUUUCUUAAGUCAACAUUCUGUGUAGAUAACGGAGGGGGCUUUGAUCAAAAGCUCUCCAUUUGGAUAAGGAACAACUGCAAAAGGUUUAUUUUGUUUCUAACAGUGACCUAGAAGUGAAAGUUGAGCAGGUGUUUCUCCUUCUCCGCCUUACCGCGACAAGAGGCAGCACCUGCUCAAAUUCAGUUUCUUGAAUGAGGGAACUGAAGCCUUGCUCCUAUAUUAAGUCUGGGAAAUUAUAAUAACCCUGCUACUUUCCAAUUCGUUGGUGGUUCCUGCUUACCAAACACCAUUCUUGAAGUUUCUCAGCAGUGUGAUUUAAAUGAGACUCUGGAUUUGUGAGAAAAGCCCUUGCCUAUGCAGGGCUUCGCAUAGCUUGUUGGCCUAUUGAAAGCAGUUCUCUGCUAGGGUGGUCAAUUGUGGAAACAAGGCCAGUCUCCUGCACCUUUUAGAGCAGGAAUGUCAUCAGGUGCUGUUUGCAUGAUAAGUUACACCUGAUGAGCUUAGCUCUUCAACACCACUAUUAAAGCUGAGGGAGCCUGGCUCUCUUUUUGGAUUCUCAGCCCAUGCAACAGAUUCAGCAAGGGUAGCAUUUACACAACACGGACUGCUGGCAUUCACAGGUAGGCUCAUGGUUUUAAAUGUGCUGAGCACCAUAGAAUCCUGCCCAGGGUUGUUUUGCUUUUGUGCACACAAAGUCUCAUUUAAAUGGAUCAUUUAGCCAAAGUCUCAUUUAGCCAAGAUAAUACUAAAACGAAUGGUCAAGUAAUGCUAAUGGAGAAGUUUGCUGUUUUGGAGAGUAGGGAAAUGUGUUAGUGUAAUCUCAGGCUGGGGAGAGAAGCAAGCAGGCCUGUGAAUCUCCAAAGGGCCAUGAUUUUCUUUGUAUGUAAUUGUUUGUAAUAAUAUCCCUUUGUGAUUAAAAACCUGAGCCAAAUAAGUACUUGGCAGAGAGCAGGAUGAUUGCAGGGUCACAGCAAGGUCAUCGUUGCUUCCCAAAUUGCAAGUGAGAUACAGAUGUUAUAGCUGAGCAGUUUCCUAUUAUGGUUGUUUUUCCUAUGCUGCCAUACAAUGAUGCCAAAUUACUUGUGGUUGUUGGACUUUCCUUUAAAAGAGCAGAUCAAUUAUUUACCUGGUCAUUGUCUGAAUUCUGUGGCCUGUGUGGUUCUUGUUAGCAUGUGACCUGUGCUCCUUUUGUGCCAUAACCUGGUAGAUGUGAAAGCUGCCAUUUUUGUGCCUUUCAACCAGCCCACCACUGCCCACGCUCCCUGUUCCAUCAUCUGCCGAUGAUUUGCAGCUGCUGUUUCUUGACAAAUGAGUGAUAGAGGAACUUUUGGAGAUUUCAGGUUACAGCCACUCCCAAGUAAUUCUUCAUUGGCAAUCCUGGGACCAAGAUCUAUUAGAGACCAAAAAGGAAGCCCUGUUCGGGCAUUCAGUUUAUUAUGCACAUGAGUCUUAAUUCUGCCUCUCCGUCAUGUCACUGUUUCCAUGCAUGCUGCUUUCCAUGAGCCGAAGAGCAAACACAUGCAGCGGGGAGCCUCCUGUGUUUGUGAAGUUUCUGCAUGGGAUUUAGGACCCUGAACAAUCAUGCACACAGGGUGGUCUUCACUGCAGAAAUUCACUUUCCAACCUUUUCAGCAUUCUUGGGAAUGGUGACAUGACUGCAGGAGCAGGGUUGGCCAGCAGGUCCCUGCCUUUUCCACACAAGAUGAGACUAAACAAGGCUGCAGUAAAGGCCACAGCAUCAAUAGUUGGGUAUAUGCUACGGGCUUCAUCAAACAUUAGAAAGUAUAGUGCAAGUUACAGAUACAUGUGUCCCUGCUAGUGUUGCAACAUAGGUAUGCAUUAUAGAUAUAACAGCUAGAGGACUCGAUGGCUCGUGUUUUCUCAAACUGCCAAACGAUGACAGCCUGAAAUUAGAUGAAAAUUUCAGAUGGACAAAGCCAUCAAGCUGGAAUUCUUGGCAGACUAUCCAUCUUAAUGGGGUCAGCCCCGAAGUUCCUUUUGGCGGUUACACAGCAGCCUGCAUAGGGGACUUUGGAUUCUUUCUAGAAGCUCAAAUAUUACAGGUUUUGAUGGGAUAAAUCUCAUGUUAGUUCAAGUACACAGGUUUGUGAGGAAUAGCCAUAAGAGAACCAGAAGAGUGAGAGUGAAUAUAAGAGUCCCCAGUCUGAGCAGAAAAGUAGCUGGGCUUUUUUGGGGGGGGGGGUCCAGAUCAGUUUCAAAGUAAACCUCUGGCACCUAUGAGCAGGCAGGAGUACAUCCAGCUCAAUGUUUCACAGUGAAUCCCCAGUGCAAGUUGCAGUUGCUGCCUUUUGUGUCGCCAGUUUGCGUGAAGUCAAUGUUGCUUCCCUUGGCCUUAAAUCCUAUCAUUCAUUUUGGCCACAAUACUUUUUUGUCUGAGCAGGUGUGUCCUUUCAAAAAACAGUCCAAAAUCUUUAGGGAGGCUAGUUUGUUGGCUGUUUUUGGGCCUUGCCCACUUUCUGAACAAGUCUGUUGGCUUCAUGAUUUCUAGAAAACUGGAUUGGGAUUGUUUACUCAGGCUAUUUGCUGCUUGUAAACAGAGAAAUUGGACCCAGCAGAUCACUGCCUCAAUCUAUUGGCAAAAAGAAAAAGGAGAAAUACAGUAAAACAAUUAAAAAGCGUAAACCAAGCAAAGCCUCAAUAGAUAUCAGUGCCGAAUAUUUACUGCCUCUUGUCUUCUGUGUCUGUCGCCGUCAUGUGGUCCUCCACAGUCCGUCGCUGACAAAUCCAGCCUGUGAGUGUGAGGCCAUCCGUUGUCCAUGGGCAAGCAUUUUUUAAAAAUUAAUUGUAAAUAAAAAGAAUAAAAAAUGUG